AAAGCUUAUUUAAAUGCCCACUUCUCUCGCUCUCUCUCUCUCUCUUUAAACUCUCUGUAAAUUUCUCUCUCUCUGCAACAAAAUUAAUAUAAAAAGCUUGUAUCUUUGUACCCUUUCGGGAGGGAGGGGGGCGUGAAUUUUUGGCGAGGCCUUCGCAAAGUCUUCUCUUUCACACCUUUCAAGCUCAUGCCCCAUGGAGAUUGAAGAAGAAUCUAGGGUUUGACAGCACACCCAAGUCCAACAAAGGUCCGUUCCUGGCUGCUGUUCCUUUACCUUUUCCUUCCUUUUCUUUCUCUCUUCCCUUUUUUUCUUCGCCUCGAACUGUUUUCGUGCUAAUCUGUAUCUGGCUAUGUCGUGUUCGAUCCAUUUUCGCGAGUCCGGUCGAGUUUGAUCUUCUGCGUGUUUAUUUGAUUGGGUGUGUAUGUUGAUGUUAUAUCUUGGAUUGAUUGGGAAUCCCUGAAAUUUUAAUGGCGAUACUGGGUGUCGGUGUUUGUUUCAUCAAUUCGGGCUUAGGAUUCGAGGAUCAAGGUUUUAGAAGUUACUGAUUUUGAAGUCCUUUUUAUGUGCCGCUUCGGUUCUGGGAAUUAGGGUUUGGUUUCUGGUUGGAUUUGGGGGGUUCAGAUGGAGGAGGUUGAAGAAGCUAACAGAUUAGCAGUAGAAUGUGGGAACAGAGUUCUGAGGCUGUUAUCGCAGCCCCAAGAUCAGAUGCAGCAUAGAAAUUUAAUGGUGGAAACGAGGAAGACAGUGGCUGGUUUCCGGAGAGUUGUUUCUCUUCUCAAUGCUGGGCAAGGUCAUGCCAGAGUGAGAAAGCCCAAGAAAAUUCAGACCCCUUUCCCGCCGAACAUCCUGCUUGAUUCCCCUUUAGGCAAAACAGAGCAUCUUCCUAAACCUAUUCAGCUUUUACAGAGUAAUUUUCUUGAGAAACCUAUUCAAGAGAUUGGUUCAUCGCUCGUUAGCAAUUCUCUUACAUUGGGAAAUCCUUCGUUGGAGAUGACUUUGAGCGAGAAAAACCCCCUUCAACUUGCUCAGCAAACGCCGUCGAGCAGCUUCCAUCACUUCCUCCAGCAGCAGCACUGGCAAAGGAUCCAGGCUGAACAGAUGAAGCAGCAGGAAAUGAGGUUUCGUAGGAGUAACAGCGGGAUUAAUCUGAACUUUGACAGCUCCAUAUGUACACCCACCAUGUCGUCUACAAGGUCUUUUAUCUCUUCAUUGAGUAUAGAUGGGAGUGUUGCCAACAUGGAGGGGAAUGCCUUCCAUUUAAUUGGAGCAGCUGGCUCCUCGGAUCAGAAUUCUCACCAACAUAAGAGAAGGUGCUCUGGAAAGGGGGACGAUGGGAGUGUGAAGUGCGGGAGUAGUGGUAGAUGCCACUGCUCAAAGAAGAGGAAACACAGGGUGAAGAGAACGAUAACAGUUCCUGCUAUCAGUAACAAGCUUGCAGAUAUCCCUCCCGAUGAGUAUUCAUGGAGGAAGUAUGGACAGAAGCCGAUCAAGGGUUCUCCUCAUCCUAGGGGAUAUUACAAGUGUAGCAGCAUGAGAGGCUGCCCGGCAAGGAAGCAUGUGGAAAGGUGCUUGGAGGACUCAUCAAUGCUUUUAGUAACUUAUGAAGGAGACCAUAAUCACCCCAGACUACCGUCACAACCACUGAGCACAUGAGAACCCUAACAGGUGGCAUCGCAAGGAUCGCUUCUUCAAGUUCAUGGCGUUCAAUCCGACAACAUUGAAUUUAUGAUUAUGAUUAGCCCAAACUGCUCGUGUACAUAACUCAUCGUGGUUUAAGCUCAAGGUCCUUGCGGAGGAGCAAAUUUCCGGCCCUGACGCCUGGCUGGCUGGCUCUUUUUAUGGGCCUUCUGGAUGUAAGGCAAUGAGACAAUGGAGUCCAGGAUCCAUACAGAAGAUUCUGUCAAUUGGGGCUUUCUGUUUGUGAGAAAAAUCCUUAACCUGUCUCUCUCUCUCUCUCUCUCCAGAAAAAAAAAAAAAAAAAAAAAACUGGUUAAUGUAGGACUUUUGCAUCAAUGCAGUUCCUUAGUUUGGGAAAUUUUUGUUUUGGUUGACUAGAAUAUGUCCUCCUAGGUUUUGUAGCUGGCUGUCAAUUCUGAAUUCUAUCAUUUGGUGGUGAAGUUAGAUUGUUAAUUCUCUCUA